UGACGGACGGAUACACAAGCCUAGUCGGUGAACCCACGGGUGUCCACUCGUCCGUUGGCCAUCUUCUGAAGACCCUGUCAUCUUCCUUGAGUGUGCAGACAGCACGACCAAGAAUCAAGGAUCAGCCCACACUGGACCUAGUGACCAAUCACACGUCAGAAUCGGGCAGAUUGACAGACCAGAGGACCAAUUGCAUAACAGAGCAUACUAAUCACCACUGGCACAGAAUAGACCCAAUUACAGUGAAGCACACUCCCACCAGCAGAGCAGGAUCACCAAUCACUGAAGUCCAAGGGGCGGAGCGAGAAUCAAAAGGACCAAUCGCAUGAGCUGAAGAUUCAACCACUCCAGUGGUGCUGAAGACCAAUUAGGAUGUAUGGUGGAGCAGAGCCUUGACGUGAUUGGCUGAAGGUCUGUGUUGGUGAGCUGUGAUUGGCUGUGAUGGCGGGCAGGGCGGAGGCUCUGAACCUGUCCUUCCUGCAGGAGCAUGAGCGGGAGAAGAUUCUGGGAGUUCUGCAGAAGGACGAGAAGCUCCGCAAGAGAGAGGAGAAGCGCAUCAGGAAGCUGAAAAAUGAGCUGCUGGAGAUCAAGCGGCGCGGUCGUCGUAGCGAUGCGGAGCAGCGGGAGUGUGCGGUGUGUCUGCGGGCGCUGGGAUUGGUCCUUCAGAGGGGGCGUGUCUGUGACCAGUGCCAACACCGCGUCUGCAGCUUCUGCACGGCUACGCCCCCAGGAACCAAAGUCACACGCUGCACCGUCUGUACUAAGAUCUCGGAGCUGAAGGUGGCCACAGGAGAGUGGUUUCUAGAGGAACGCUCUAAACGCUUCAGUCAAGCCUCCAUCCCCAGCAGUGACAUCAUCAAGCAGUCCAUUAUGACCAGCCCAGAUGCAAGUCCCUCCCACAGGAACUCUUCUCCCCAAUCGCAGGACAGGUCACCCACGCCCCACUCACCCACGGCCCAAUCAGAGCGCAGCAUUGCCCGGUCCAAUAAGGGUGGAGCCAAGAGGAAGGGGAGCAGUGUGGUUGCUGUUGAGUCGUCAGGGUUACCAACAGUGCCAAACAAUCAACGAGCACAAUCAGCACUGUCACCCACACACCUUGAAGGCCGUAGAAGGCCUGAUGGAGCUGAGAGUGUGUACAGCCUGCGCAGCACUGAGAGCAUCCCUGAGAAGUUGGGUGGGAGGAGUCGGACCGGUUCGGCCACGCCCUCCAUCGCCGUCUCCAGAGCCUCCCUCUCAUCAGAUCGCAGUCGCUCUGAAGUUGACCUCAGUGCAUCGGGGGCGGGGCUAAACGAUGACGCUCUGGCUGGUCGCUGCCGGUCAGUUCCAGGCAUCAACGAAGCGGACUCUGAUGAGGACAUUGAUGCUCUGAUGUCGGCUCACUACAAAUCCACUCGCAGCAUGAGCAGCGCACUCUCUAUGUCGUCCACUCCGGGCUCAGAGCGCAAGAUUUACCUAAAUGUGCCCGACUCAGAUGCUGAGACUAGCAGUCUGAAUAGUAUGAUGAGCGUGUACAGUGAGACUGGUGACUAUGGCAACGCGCACGUUUCCGGGGAGAUCCUGCUCAACAUCAGCUACAGCUACAAGACAGGCGCACUCAACGUCAUGGUGAAGGAGUGCCGCUGCCUAGCAACCGGAGACGAGCGCAAACAGCGCACAGACUCCUAUGUGAAGACCUAUCUGCUCCCAGAUAAAUCUCGCCAGAGCAAGAGGAAGACGAGCAUCAAACCCAACACCACCAACCCAGUGUUCAACGAGAACCUACGCUAUGUCCUGAGCCACUCGCAGCUGGAGACGCGUACGCUGCAGGUGUCCGUGUGGCAUAACGGUCGCUUCGCACACAACAGCUUCCUGGGGGAGGUGGAGCUGACCUUCGACACCUGGGAGUUUGACCGACAGAUCGAGGAAUGGUUCUCCCUGCAGCCCCGGGUGCAGCUUGAGGGCAGUGUUGAGUCCACGUUGCAGUAUAAGGGGGAGCUGACCGUGGUUCUGAAGUACAUCCCUGCAGAGAAGAACGUCUCACUGCCCCUAGACCAGGUCCAAGUGGUGAAGAAGGGCUUCCUGAAGGGGAAGAGGAAGAAGAUCACUCUGCCUAAGGGAGGGAGGGUGGAGCUGCUGGUCAAGGAGGCCAAGAACCUCACCGCCGUCAAAGGAGGCUCCUCAGACCCCUUCGUCAAAGGCUACCUGUUGCCAGACGAGCGCAAGAGCACUAAGCACAAGACGUCGGUGGUGCGUGGCACGGUGAGCCCGCGCUGGAACCACACCUUCACCUACUGCGGCCUGCAGCCCGCCGACCUGCUCAGCGUGUGCCUGGAGCUCACCAUCUGGGACAAGGAGCCGCUGGCCAGCAACGUCUUCCUGGGAGGGGUCCGCCUGGGGGCCGGCACCGGUCUGAGUUAUGGGAAUGAGGUGGACUGGAUGGACUCCUUUGGGGAGGAGCGGCGACUAUGGCAACGCAUGAUUGACAACCCUGAGGUCCCCCAGGAGUGCACUCUAAUGCUCCGCUCCAGCAUGGCCAGGAGGAGCACCUGA